CAUGAAGUGGGCUGAUCAGAAUGCAUCAGGCCCACAGAUGAGGAAGCUGAGGCUUAGAGAGGGAAGUGACCUGCUCGGGGUGACUCCAGAAGGCCUGGUGUUUCAUCCGGACACCCUUGGGCCCUUUGGGAGGAGGCAGGCAUGAGGUUCUCUGAACUGGCUGGAGUCCAAAGGCUCCUAGACUUCCGAGAUCACCCAGGGGGCUCCGACUGCUCUGGAGCAUGAGAGGCUCCCGGGAGAACCAGGGCUUGUUGAGCUGCACCCAAUUCAGGCCCUACGGCACAGGCGGGGCCAUGCUGUGGAUCCUGUGUCUGGCGCUCUGCAGCCUGCUGACUCCCACGCGAGCGGACCCUGGGGCACUGCUGCGGCUGGGCAUGGACAUCCUGAAUCAGGUCCAGAAUGCCAUGGAUGAGAGUCAUAUCCUGGAGAAGAUGGCAGCUGAGGCGGGUCAAAAUCGCCCAGGAAUGAAGCCUAUCAAGGGCAUCACUGAUCUAAAAGUGAAGGAUGUGCUGGUGCCUGUCAUCACAAUGAACUUCAUGCCCGGGGUGGGCGUCUUCCAGUGUGUGUCCACGGGCAUGACCAUCACUGGCAAGAGCUUCAUGGGUGGGUACAUGGAGAUCAUCGUGGUCCUGAACAUCACAGCCACCAACCGGCUUCUGCAGGACGAGGAGACGGGCCUCCCCAUGUUCAAGAGCGAGGGCUGCGAGGUCAUCCUGGUCAGCGUGAAGACAAACCUGCCUAGCAACAUGCUGCCCAAAAUGGUCAACAAGUUCCUGGACAGCACCCUACACAAAGUUCUUCCUGGUCUGAUGUGCCCUGCCAUUGAUGCAGUCCUGGUGUAUGUGAACAAGAAGUGGGCCAGCCUGAACGCCCCCAUGCCUGUGGGCCAGAUGGGCACUGUCCAAUAUGUCCUGACGUCCGUACCGACCACUACACCCAGCUACAUUCAAGUGGACUUCAGUCCUGUGGUGCAGAAGCAAAAGGGCAACACCAUCCAGCUUGCGGAUAAUGCCGGAGGGGCUGAGUUCCCUGAGGACUAUGCUGAAGGCUCCUCACAGCUGCUGCUCUCAGCCGCCUUCCUCACAGCAGAGCUUGCUCUUCUGCAGAAGUCCUUUGAUGUAAAAGUCAAGGAUACGAUGAUCGGUGAGCUGCCCCCCCAAACCACUGUGACACUGGCUGGCUUCAUCCCUAAAGUGGCUGAAGCCUAUCCCAAGCUGAAACCCCUGGUGACCCAGAUCAGGAUAAACAAGCCCCCCAAGGUCACCAUGAAGACAGGCAAGAGCCUGCUGCAACUUCACGGCACCCUGGAGAUGUUUGCUGCUCGGCGGCGGGGCAAGCCGCCUGUAUCCCUCUUUGUCCUGGAAACUCACUUCAACCUGAAAAUCCAGUACUCAGUUCAUGAGGACCGGCUGCAGAUGACCACCUCUCUGGACAGAUUACUGAGCAUGUCCCGGAAGUCCUCAUCGAUUGGCCCCUUCAAGGAGAAGAAAUUGACUGGCUUCAUCACUGAUUUUCUCCAAGAAGCCUACAUCCCAGUCAUCAAUGAUGUACUCCAAGUCGGGUUCCCACUUCCUGACCUUCUGGACAUGAACUACAACCUGGCAGAGCUGGACAUAACUGAGAAUGCCCUAGUGCUGAACUUGAAGCUGGACUGACUGGGACAGGAUUUGCCUGCCAGCUGCCUGCACAUCGUCCACUUUGGUUACACCCAGCAGAGGAGCCUGAUUGGAACUGGGUGGGCCUGGCCCCCUACCACUGGGGCUGAUGAGGAGUGAGCAGGGCAGGACGGGGCUGGGGACUUGGCAAUAAACAGG